GACAUUGGUGGCAGGGCUGUAUUAUGGGAGCCUUAAGAGUCUCAUUGAACUUGUCUGUUUCUGGAUCUCAACGAAUAAGACCGGCCCAGCACUACUUUACCAUCUCUCUUCCCCGUGGGGUUUGGAGGUAAUCCAAUCUAAACAUGGCGGAUGAAGAAAAUGAGGAGGAAGCCGGUGGAGAGACUCAAGAUUCCAAAGCCAAACCAAAAAGUUUUAUGCCAAAUGUUGCCCCUCCAAAGCUACCAGAGGGAGAUGGUAAAGUCGAUUUUGACGACCUGCAUAGGAAGCGUCAAGAGAAGGACAUGGCUGAGCUGACCUCUCUGAUUGAGUCUCACUUCGUCCAGAGGAAGAAAGAUGAAGACGAGCUCAUCAGUCUCGUCAACAGGAUCGAGAAGCGUCGUACCGAGAGGGCAGAGCAGCAGAGGAUUCGUGCUGAGCAAGAGAAAGAGAGACAGGCCCGUCUCGCCGAAGAGAAAGAGAGGAGGGAGCAAGAUGAACAGCGUAGGAAGCAAGAUGAUGACGCUAAGAAGAAGAAGGCCCUCACUUCCAUGACUCACACCUACGGUGGCAUCCAACAGAAGCAAGAGGGCAAGAAGGGAGCCAAGAAGCAGACGGAGAGAGAAAAGAAGAAGAAGAUUCUGGCUGACAGAAGGAAGGCUCUGAUCAUCGACCAUCUCAACGAGGACAAACUCAAGGAGAAGGCCAAUGAGCUGUGGCAGUGGAUGAUGGAGUUGGAGGCGGAGAAGUUUGACCUCAGCGAGAAACUGAAGAAGCAGAAAUACGACAUGAAUGUUCUCCAGACCCGAAUCAAUGAGCAGCAGAAGUUAUCAAUCAGCUUCUGGCCCGUGUCCAGGACCACCAGAGUGCCAAGGGCAGAGGCAAGGCCAAGGCGGUCAGGAGGUAAUGAGACCUGGCAGGAUGAAGUCUCCAGGACUGGGACGCCAGACGAUGACGGAAGAUUGUUUUGUUGUUCUUCUUGUUAUCAGUGCGCAUGCAAAUUACUAUGGAAAUGUGCUGUUGUCACGGUCACUGUUUGCUGUGCAUGAGGCUAGAAACAAUAAAAAGAUGUUUGCUCUUGA